GACCUAAAACCCUUUCGGUUUUUAAUUUUUUUGAUUUCCAAUAAUCAUUUGUUAUCUACUGAUGAUGAUGAUUGAUGAUUUGAGGAAUUUGAAUUUGAUUCUUCAAUCUUGAUUUUUCUGAUUUUGUUUUUUUUUAAGAGUUUCUUCUAUUAUAGAUUUGAUUUGAGGCGUUCUGGAAAAAUCAUGGAAGAAAAGGGUCAACAGGGAAAAGAUCGAGUUUCUCCUGCUUCAAUUUCAGCUCUGCCCUUACAUGGUGCAGGUGAAGGGCUUGUGCCUUUUAACUACAUGGAUAAGCCACUUUCCCCCAAAGAUGAAAGGAUUGUUUCUCCAAAUCCUUCUCCUGAUGCAGCCAUCACAGGGCCGAGGAGAAAUAUUUCCAAUCAGCCAGAGGCAUUGAAUGCAAGUGGAGCUCAGACCCCUGUAAACCCAUCAAAUAUUUUUACUCCUCCAGAGCAGACCUACUUUUAUGGAGCAUCAGGUUACGAGGAUGGCUCGGUUAACUGGGGAGAAUAUUCAAACUAUGUUCAUGCUAAUAACUUGCAAAUUGUGCCUCCGGCAAUUUACAAUGAUAAUGCGUCGCUAUUGUUUCACCCUGCUUAUGGGUUUGAUGCCCAGGUAGCAUAUGGCCAGUUCUCUCCAGUUGCUAGUCCUUUGUCUCCGAUAAUGAUAGAUGGGCAGCUGUUUUCACCACAUCAAGUCCCAAUGUCUCCAUCUUACUACUCACAGCCCGCUUCUCCUGGCUUACCUCAUGUUACGUCUACUCUUCCAACUGAUCUUGCAACACCAGCAAACAGUGGUCAAGAGGCUCUUCAUGACAAUGUUUUUUUGGGUCCAGGAUCAGGUUAUUAUUUACAUUAUGGUACUUAUGGUGGAGGUAACCCUUCUGGAAAUAAUAGUCUUGGAUUCUAUAAAUAUCCCGGGGACAUUGGCUCUGGUGAAUCAGUAUCAAAUCGAUCAAUGUCUUCAGACACAGGUAGCUACACAUCUCCAAUAACAUCAGGAGCCUUGUACCCUGCUCCAGUUGGCAUACUUGGGUCUUAUGAGCAUGUUUUUGGUCAGAUUCCACAGCAGCAGACAGCAUAUGGAUACGGGUCAGUAUCGGGCUCCUCUACAAGACGCUACCCACAAAGUGGAUCUUUCAGAGGGUAUAAUUAUGGCAGUUUCCAUGGGGAAGCUAGCCGCCUGAAUCGUCUUGUGACCGACAAAGGCGGGAAGCAUAGGGAGCGGGAUGUGAUUAGCAUGAUUAGUGAAUCACAUGGUACUACCAGUGAUCGUAACAGAGGACCAAGGGCAUCAAAGCCAAAGGAAAAUAGUGCUUGUGAGCAGAUAUCACCUGCAGAUGGUAAAAAUGACCUUGCUUCCAGGCCUGAUAUUGAGCUUUACAAUCGACCUGAUUUUGUUACAACCUAUGACAAUGCGAAGUUCUUUGUAGUAAAGUCUUUUAGUGAAGACAAUGUCCAUAAAAGUAUCAAGUACGGUGUUUGGGCCAGUACCCCACUGGGAAACAGAAAACUAGAUGCUGCUUAUCAAGAAGCAAAGGGAGCCGGCGGCACUUGUCCAGUCUUCCUCUUCUUCUCAGUAAAUGCCAGUGGACAGUUCUGUGGCGUGGCUGAAAUGGUUGGACCUGUAGAUUUUGUAAAUGAUGCAGAAUAUUGGCAGCAGGAUAGGUGGAGUGGCCAAUUCCGUGUCAAAUGGCACAUAAUCAAGGAUGUCCCCAACAGUCGAUUUCGACACAUUCUUGUUGAAAAUAAUGACAACAAGCCUGUGACACAUAGCAGAGAUUCACAAGAGGUGAAACUAGAAGUGGGUAUUGUAAUGUUAAAAAUCUUCAAAGAUCAUGAUGCAGAUAUGUCAAUUUUAGACGAUUUUAGUUACUAUGAUGAGCGGGAGAAGGAUUUGCAGGAAAAGAGGUCCAAGGUUACAAAAAGCGCUCCGGCUGCUGUGAAUGCAAUAACUCAACUUGCUGAUAAAGUUGCUGAAUCUCUCCAUGUGGAAGAAGACAAGUAAGUGGAUAUUGUUUGUUUCACUUGUAUGGAAGGGGAAGUUACAUGUAAUCUUUUGGCAUAUGGGGACAUCAAAGACAAUUCAGCUGGAAAACCACUCUGAUCCUGUUAGUAAAAAUAGUGUGAGAGUUGGAUUAACCUUCUAGUUCUUCACCCCUUGUUUGUUUCUAGAGAGAGAGGUGGAGUCGAGGUUGAAGCUGUUUUCAUUGUAGUUUUUUAUUUGGUUUAUUGCAGGGUGGUUAUUGAGUUGUUCCCCAAACAAGUGUACAAUUCUCAAGUAAAGGAAUGAAUGAAAAUAUGCUAAUGUUAAUGUUAUUUCAA